CUACUUGCUAGAUAUAAGACCAACGUUGGCAAUCGGUUCGUUUUGUGGAGUAACCCAGCACCGGCGUGCAAUCGGUCGAAAUUGCUCUGAACAAUUCCAGCAGACGGCGUUAAAAUGAAGCUGUUGAUGAUGUGUUUACUUCUUACUUUCCAUUCCUACCACGAAGCACUGUCGGGUCAAUCUUACGAACAAUAUCUCUCUGAUCUAGAACAGAUUCAUGUGCAAAUGUUCAAGGAAAAACUGCUGAAAGAGCUUGGAUUGUCUUCAGUCCCAAACAUCUCUAAAGAACAAACACCCAAGUUUCCGAAGUUUUUCAAAGAUUACCUCGAGUCGGAACUGAAAGACUUUGCUGCAAAACAUACUGAUUCGAACAACCUGAAGACUGGGAAGGAAGAUCUGUUCUUAUUUGCUAAGCAAGUUACUUCACAACCUAAUGGAGGUAGAAUGAAUUACAUCUUCAAUUCGAGAUCCAGAAAUUCAAAUCUGAUGAUUAGAUCUGCAACUCUAUGGAUUCACCUGGUAGAAUCACUCUCUACAACGGUUGACAAGAAACCGAACCACAGCAACAGCGAUUUGCACCUUUACAAGAAAUACAUAUCGGCUACAGAAAAUGGUUAUGGCAUGACAAGACAGCUUUUCCACUCCGAACGUUUGAAGGCGGCUGCUGGCUGGCAUAAAGUAACAGUGACCGGUACAGUGAAAGAAUGGUUCUCUCUUCAUGUAGACCAUGAUCUCGGCUUGGAUGUUGAAAUGAAAGGAACGCCAUCUCUGGUGAUUGGGAAUGUUAGCGACAACGCUACUGGGCAGACACUUCAGCCAUUUCUUGCAGUCGAAGCGGAAGAGAAGCAGUCCUUAAACCGAAAGAAAAGAGAUAAAGUGUUAACAAAUUGCUCCGCCACCGCCCCGUUGACAUGCUGCUUACACGAGUGGAGAGUUAAUUUCUCCGCAAUCGGCUUGCAUUUCGUGCACCUUCCCAAAACUGCAACUGUUAACUUCUGCGCUGGUAGCUGUAAGUCUUCCGGUCUGUACAGGCCGUCACCCGCCGCUCGAUUGAACAUGCUGAAACGCCUCUAUGGCCGUAGGGUGCAAGAUUUACAGUGCUGUAGGCCACUUUUUAUGGAAAGCGAGACAUUACUUGUCGUACUUGAAAACGGAACAACUUCAACACAUUUGGUCUCUAGAAUGAAAGCCAAAUCUUGCCAAUGUUCUGUUUAAUAACUGGUCACGACAAGCCUAGGUACCCACUCGAUAGCUGUGAUGACAUGGAAAAUUUAUGGCUAUAACUUCUAUGGGCUAUAAAAAAAGAUGUUUAGAAUAACAUUGGAAUCUUAGAGUUGAUGACCUUUUGCGUGACAUUAGAGAAUUUUUUUCUUUAAACAACCAUUGUGUUUGUACAAAGCCCAUCAGGGCGGCUGUAGAGGCUAUAGUUGUACUAUAAAAUACUAUCGGGUUUGUAAUUUGAUGCUUUUUCCCAGAGUUAAAGUGUAAGAAGAGGUUUUUGAGUCUUUUUUUCUUUUUUCAUACUAAUUCUCGUGUAUUGUUCAUGACGUAUCUGUUUUUUAAGGCUUCUAAAAUCAAAUAAUCCGUUGAGAGUCAUAUUUGGAUAUUUUUAUUUUAGAAUACAUCAUAAUAACGCUAGUAUUCCAUGAUGUUUUGCUUUUCUU